AUGGAUAGCACGGAUGAACCUCAGAAAAAAGUCUUUAAAGCACGAAAAACAAUGAGAGUAAGUGAUCGACAACAACUUGAAGCUGUCUAUAAGGUUAAAGAGGAGCUGUUGAAGACAACUGAAGUUAAACUGUUAAAUGGAAAGCAUGAGAAUGGAGAUUCUGAUUUAAAUUCCCCUUUAAGCAAUACAGACUGUAUGGAGGACAAGAGGGAAGUUAAUGGCGUAGUGGACUUUUGUGUUAACUCUGAAGAAGGAAGAACAGCUUCUGAUGAAAUUAGUGAAGCCAAAAGCCCUGAAAGUAGGGCAGGGAACCUAGUCAAUGACACAGAACCCGAACCUCGAACACUGUCUCCAGAGAAUGUUACUUCUGAGCAAGAUAAAGAUACUGAUACUGCUUUAGCUUGUGAGGCUGAAAAUGGAGUGCUUGGUAGCAAUAAAGAUAACUUCCAUGAAGAAAAUAAUACAAAAGAUCAUUUGGACCAAAGAGAGAGUGACAUCCCAUCAGAAGGUGAAAGUAAAUCAAUCUGUGAUAUUAGUGACUCUUCUGAAGAGAAGGGAGAAAUAAAUGACUUAACUAUUAGUUCCGAUUCAUCUGGAGAGGAAAAGAGGACUGAAGAAGUAACUGUUGAAGAUGCUGUUGGAGAAGCCACCAUCUCUAGCAGUAUGGAAGCUGACCAGGAACCAAAGGACAGACAAGACGGCACUGCAGGUCUUUCAGAAACCACUGUUCAGAAGACAGUAGAUGAGCCAAGUGAAAGUAUCUUGGACAAUACUGACUCUAUGGAAACAGAUGAAAUUAUUCCAAUUUUGGAAAAACUAGCUCCGGCUGAAGACGAACUGAGCAGUUUUUCUAAAAGUUCUCUGCUUCCAGUGGAUGACACAGUCCCAGAUUUAGAAGAGAAAAUAGACAACUGUUUGGGUUCACCAUCCAAGCAGGAAAGCAAUGAAAGUCUGCCAAAAGAGGCUUUCUUAGUACUGUCUGAUGAAGAGGAUCCCUGUGAUGAGAAGGAAGAACGUGCUGAAGUGAUACUACCAAACAAGUCAAGUCUUCCAGAAGAGGUGGAGGAGGAGAGAAGAAAGGAGAGUGAGGAGGAUAAAGAAGAAGAGGCCACCAAAGAAGAGGAGAAACAUACAGAGAGAAGUGAAGUGUCAAGGAGAAAGCGUUCCAAAUCUGAGGACAUGGACAGUGUUCAUUCUAAACGUCGUCGGUACAUGGGAGAAGAUUAUGAAGCAGAACUCCAAGUGAAAAUUACAGCCAGAAGGGAUGUUGACCAAAAAUUACAAAAGGUUAUCCAGAGACUGUUAGAAGAAAAACUUACUGCUUUACAGUGUGCUGUAUUUGACAAGACACUGGCAGACUUGAAAACCCGAAUAGAGAAAGUAGAAUGUAACAAGAGGCAUAAAACUGUGCUUACUGAACUACAGGCUAAAAUUGCUAGAUUGACAAAGCGGUUUGGAGCAGCCAGGGAGGACUUGAAGAAAAGACAGGAAAAUUCACCAAAUGCACCUCUGUCUCCAGGGAAAGCAGCAGGAGACACUGCAAACACAAGCAAUGCGACAUACCGAAAUGCUGGCACAGUGAGGCAGAUGCUGGAGUCAAAAAGAAAUGUAGGAGAGAGCACACCAGCAACUUUUCAAGCCCCUGUGAAUGCAGUGCCAGCUUCCAGUCUUGCUGCUCCUCCGACAGUUGUCAGUGGACAUCCUAAGCCUCAGACUCCAGUGACCUCCACCAGCUCUUUGACAACAACAGUUCUUCCCACAUCUAACACAGCUACGGUUGUAGGCACUAACCAAGUGCCCAGUGGCAGCACUCAGUCAGUGUCUGUCUCAUUGCAGUCUUUGCCCGUAAUCUUGCAUGUACCUGUUGCAGUAUCAUCCCAGCCUCAGCUCCUGCAAGGCCACACAGGGACUUUGGUCACUAACCAACAGUCAGGCAACGUUGAAUUUAUAUCCGUACAAAGCUCAUCUACAGUUGGUAGCCUUACCAAAACUACAGUGUCCUUGGCAUCAACUAACCCAACAAAACCAAAUAACAGCCCAUCUGUGCCCAGUCCUGGUAUUCAAAGGAACUCUCCAGCCAGUGCUGGGUCAAUAGGCACAACGUUGGCAGUACAGGCUGUUUCUACUGCACAUCCAGUUGCCCAGGCCACAAGGACUUCUUUGCCCACAGUGGGUACUUCAGGACUUUAUAAUGCUACCAGCAGUCGAGCCCCUCUGCAGAUGAAGAUUCCCCUCUCUGCAUUUAGUAGUACAGCUCCUAUUGAACCACCCAGCGUUACAGCACCCAGAGUUGAAAACCAGACAAGCAGGCCACCAACAGAUACUUCGGCAAACAAGCGAACUGCUGAGGGAACAACACAGCUCUCAGAACAAAAAGUAGUUCGUUGUGUGCCGUAUACCUGUGGCAUAUUUGAUGGUACAACUUUGAUCAAUUGUUUCGAAAAGCAGUUGAAACAGGAAGAGACUUCAUCAGAAAAUAAAGAAGCGGUAGAAGCAGCACAGACGAAUUUUAACUUCCCUGAGGAUGUCCUCUUUGGCUUGGAGGAAGAGGAAGAGGAUGCUAAGAGCAUCAAAAACACCCACAAGCAGACUGGCUGGGCAGCUAACCUAUUAAAACAAUGGCUGGCCAAAAAUGGCAAGGAUCCUAGCUUUGAAUUGGUCCCAGUAAGUGAACUCAAUGAUAUCUUAAGAGAGUUUUAUUACACAAUAAGGAAUCAUGAUGGAAAUACCUACAGUGUGGCAAGCUACAAGUCAAUGCGUGCUGGCUUAAACCGGCAUCUCAAAAUGCCACCUUAUAAUCGUCAGAUUUGCUUAAUGAAGGACAAAGAGUUUGCUGGUGCAAACAUGGUAUUUGUGAGCGUGCUGAAGAUGCUGCGCAUGCAGGGAAAGGAUGAGACUCACCACCAUCCUCCUAUAGCCGCUGAGGACUUGCGUAAGAUUAAACAAUCUGGUGUGCUGGGAUUGCACAGUCCACUGGCACUCGUCAACAAGGUGUGGUUUGAUUUACAGUUGCAUUUUGCCAAACGAGGGAGGGAAAUUUUAAGAGAUCUGGCUCCAGAUGCUUUUGUUGUUGAGAAGGACAAGAACGGGCGUCGAUAUGCUAUGUUUAGGUAUCCUAGCAAAGGAAAAAAUGGAGAAGAUCCUCAUAAAAUGGGUAAAAUGUAUGAUAUGCCAGGGGACCCAAACUGUCCUGUUUUUUCCUUGGAGCUUUAUUUGUCUAAGCUGCCUCCGGAGCCCCCUGCCUUUUACCUGCAUCCUUUGAAGCUAACAUCAGAGCAAAUGCAAGAACAGCCUGUCUGGUACAAAAGAGAACCGAUGGGUGUGAACUACUUAGGUACCAUGAUGCCCAGGAUAAGUGUGGCAGCCAGGCUCUCUCAACGGUACACCAAUCAUUCUCUCCGAACUACCACCAUCCAGCUACUGUGUGAAGCAGGACUGGGGCCUAGAGAAAUAAUGGCAGUGACAGGCCAUCGCUCCGAGUCUGCUAUUAGACACUACUGGGGAGCUGCGGAAGUUCGCUACAGGGCUUGGUCAGAUAUAAUGGAGAAUAACGCCCCCAAUUACCUAUAUAGCAAGAUCCCAAAUGAAGUGAUAAAAGAAUCACUAUGUGGUGCCUCCACCUCUUCUAUAAACCACAUUGUUCUAGAACAAAGCAAAAUUUUAUUCCCUAAGAAAUCUGUGGUGCCACCUGGCACUAAUUCUCUGACUUUAGUCCCUGAGGGACACCCAGCUCUGAAUUCCAAAAGCCCCAUCCUGUUGAACCACAGUUCUUCCAAGGUGUUUCUCCCCAAGAACAUGGCCAGUGGGAACCUAACUGUCGGUCCCCUUCAAGGCUGUUGUAACGAACCUGUCUUUAUAAAGCGUGUGAUAAAACAAGAACCAAUGACUUGA